AUGGAAAACGGUUGCUUCCAGCGUCUGGGAGCCUGAGAGCUUUGGGAACAACUGGGCGCACGGGAGGAUGCCCGUGGCACAGGAGUGCGGGGAGUAGACGUUAACUCCGCCGGCCCUCGCGCACGUCUCCGAAGCUCACCCUGACUUGCAAAGGAUCAGGGUAGGGGCUUGGGGUCCAAAGGCAGGGCAGCUCCAAGCACCGAGCUCCCCCUUCCCUGGGGCCCCACCUGCCCAUCCGCCUGUUACUCUACAGUCUCCGAGGAUGGGUUAAUGGGCGUGUCUGUGCCUCCCCUUGUGAGCCUGGCCUCCAAACCGAGUUCGUUCCCACCCCACCAACUGCUCCCAAGGAGAGGGUUUGGGGAGGGUAGUUAGAGGAGUGUUGAUGGGCUUGGGUUCCCAGCGUCUGGUCCUGGGUUUGAGAGCGGGGACCCAUAUCAGAUGGACACACUGGCCCGCCUGCGGACUCUACAGGCCCAAGGCGACAGUGAGACCCUGGGCAUCCGACGGGUCCUAGUGUCCCUCUUUUGAAACGCUUUGUGUAAAAGACCCGAAGAGUUGCAUCAGGACCCAGGACCUAGAUCUCCGGAAAAGCCUGGGAGUGCAACGGCUAUCACCUGUUUCGUCAUUCAGGCGGGGCCACAGGAAAUCUGACCUGACGGCUGUGCUCGGAGACAGAUAGAUCACAUUGGAAUAUUUGGAGAAAGUACCAUGGAAGUUAUGCGCCCACAGCUCAUAAGAAUUGGUGGACGAAUUUACAGGAAGAAUCCCAUCCAAGAACAGACUUACCAACAUGAAGAAGAAGAUGAAGACUUCUAUCAAGGCUUCAUGGAGUGUAAAGAAGAGCCCUGUGAUGCCUACGAGGUGGUGCAGACCCAGCAAGGUUUCCGGUGUACUGUGAAGGCCCCCAGCUUGCUCUACAAGCACAUAGUUGGGAAGAGAGGGGAUACUAGGAAGAAACUAGAAGUGGAGACCAAAACUUCUAUUAGCAUUCCUAAGCCUGGACAAGAAGGAGAAAUUGUAAUCACUGGCCAGCAUCGAAGUGGUGUAAUUUCGGCCCGAACUAGGAUUGAUGUUCUUCUGCUCACUUUUAGAAGAAAGCAGCCCUUUACUCACUUCCUUGCCUUUUUCCUCAAUGAAGCUGAGGUUCAAGAGCGAUUCCUGAAGUUCCAGGAGGAAGUACUGGAGAAGUGCUCCAUGGACCAUGGGGUUGAUAGCACCAUUUUCCAGAAUCCCAAAAAACUUCACCUAACUAUUGGGAUGUUGGUGCUUUUGAGUGAGCAAGAGAUCCAGCAGACAUGUGAGAUGCUACAACAGUGUAAAGAGGAAUUCAUUGAUGACAUUUCUGGGGGCAAACCCCUGGAAGUCGAGAUGGCAGGGAUAGAGUACAUGAAUGAUGAUCCUGGCAUGGUGGAUGUUCUUUAUGCCAAAGUCCAUAUGAAAGAUGGCUCCAACAGGCUGCAGGAAUUAGUUGACCGAGUGCUGGAACGUUUUCAGGCAUCUGGACUAAUAGUGAAAGAGUGGAAUAGUGUGAAACUCCAUGCUACAGUCAUGAAUACUCUAUUCAGAAAAGACCCCAAUGCUGAAGGCAGGUACAAUCUCUACACAGCGGAUGGCAAAUACAUAUUCAAGGAAAGAGAAUCAUUUGAUGGCCGAAACAUUUUAAAGCUAUUUGAGAACUUCUACUUUGGUACCCUACAGCUCAAUUCAAUUCACAUCUCUCAGAGGUUCACAGUAGACAGCUUUGGAAACUACGCCUCUUGUGGACAAAUUGAUUUCUCCUGAUUUGGAUCUUGGGAAGCACUAGAAAUUGAAUAUCCUUACAAGGUUCUGAGGAAGUGUACUUUCUUUUUAAUUACCAAAGAGGGAUUUGGCUAUUUGGGUGGUAACUUUCCUGGGUGGUUCCCCAUGGACACUGUGAUCUCUGAUGGUUGUCCACAGUCAUCAUACUGUCAGCCAUGAUGGUUGUGGGCACAAGGAGAACUUGUGCCUAUAACCCUUGGCUUGUUCAGCUUUCACAGAAUCUGCCUUUCUUUCUGAAGCUCUUCUCUAGAAAUAUGAAGCCCAUUGGAGCUCAGAUAUGCAUCAUUUCUUAGACACCUACUGAUUUUGCCCCAGCCAUUAAACUCUUGUAUUACCAAUACUUUAAAAGAAUUAGACAUUUGGUUUUAUUAAUAUCUCCACCUAAAUCAAAUAUCUACAAUUUCAGAUGAUUUAAUUUUUCCUUUCCCCUAACUUUUAAUCACUACCCAGAAUUUCUUUUUUACUGUGGUAAAAAACACAUAACAUAAAAUUUGCCAGCUUAACCAUUUUUAAGUGUACAGUUCAGUAAUAUUAAAUAUAUUCAUAUUGUUUUGAAAUUUCUCCAGAACUUUCUCAUCUUGCAAAUCUGAAACUCUACACCCAUUAAUCAACUCCCCAUUUCCUCCUCCCCCAAACCUCUGGAAACCACUAGUCUUCUUUCUGUUUCUAUGAAUUUGACUACUUUAGAUUCCUCACAUAAGUGGAAUCAUAUAGUAUUUGUCUUUUUGUAUCUAGCAUAAUGUCUUUAAGGUUCAUCCAUGUUGAAGCAGGUGAUAGGAUUUCCUUCCUUUUUAAGGCUGAAUGAUAUUCCCUUGUAGUUAUACACCACAUUUUGUUAAUCCAUUCAUCAAUCAAUGGGCACUUGAGUUCCUUGACCUCAGGGUUAUUGUGAAUAGUGCUUGAUUAGCAUGGGAUGACUCUGCUUUCAAUUCCUUUACUACUCAGAAUUUUAUCUUUAGCAAAAUAACUGUUAAUGUUUUUACCUUUUACUUUGAUCUGUCCCUUUUUUUUCAUAAGUUGUUACCUAUUUAUAUUUGUUAAAUCCCUGUUGCUUCACCUUCCCCAGCCUUUGCUUCCCCAGCCUCACUUUCCCCAGCCUCACUCUCCCGUGCCACUGAUGGAGUUGCAGUAGUAGUGUAGCUCUUUUAUGUUUACCUCUCAGGGCAGCAGCAGUAGAAACAUGAUGUUAUCAGACUGUACACAGUUCCCUGGGGAAAUGUCAGCUGCAGAAAGUACUCCUUCCUUGCCACAGAUCGGCAGGAAGAGGGAGCUCCCAGCACAGAUUUGCCCCCCUCCCCAGUCAGUCCUGCCACGUGCUCUACUGGUCGCUGUUACCUUUCAUCUCCCCCUCUUCACAUCCUUUCUCCCUCUGUAGCUGCUUUCCUUUUCUUUCUUUCAGUCCUCAUUCUAACCUUGAUUUCUUACUUUCCAUGACAAGUCUGGUUCUGAACCCUGUAUGUUAAGGUCACUAUAUAGUGAGGGCCGAGUAUAACACUCAAGUUUAUUUAUAACUGUGAACUGUGCAGAUCAUUUGUGAAUAAAUGAACUUCCAAAGUACCUGUAUUUUUUUGGGGGGUAUCAUUAAUCUACAAUUACAUGAGGAACAUUAUGUUUACUAGACGCCGCCCUUCACCAAGUCCCACCUACAAACCCCAUUACAGUCACUGUCCAUCAGCAUAGUAAGAUGCUGUAGAGUCACUACUUGUCUUAUUUAUGUUGCACAGCCCUCCCCGUGCCCCCCCGCCACAUUAUACAUGCUAAUCGUAAUGCCCCCUUUCUUCCCCCCACUUAUCCCUCCCUUCCCACCCAUCCCCCUCAGUCCCUUUCCCUUUGGUAACUGUUAGUCCAUUCUUGGGUUCUGUUAUUCUGCUGCUGUUUUGUUCCUUCAGUUUUUUCUUUGUUCUUAUACUCCACAUAUGAGUGAAAUCAUUUGGUACUUGUCUUUCUCCACCUGGCCUAUUUACUGGACAUAAUACUCUCUAGCUCCAUCCAUGUUGUUGCAGGUGGUAGGAUUUGUUUUCUUCUUAUGGCUGAAUAAAAUUCCAUUGUCUAUAUGUACCACAUCUUCUUUAUCCAUUCAUCUACUGAUGGACACUUAGGUUGCUUCCAUUUCUUGGCUAUUGUAAAUAGUGCUGCGAUAAACAUAGGGGUGCAUCUGUCUUUUUCAAACUGGGCUGCUGCAUUCUUAGUGUAAAUUCCUAGAAGUGGAAUUCCUGGGUCAAAUGGUAUUUCUCUUUUUGAGCUUUUUGAGGAACCUCCAUACUGCUUUCCACAAUGGUUGAACUAAUUUACAUUCCCACCAGCAGUAUAGGAGGGUUCCCCUUUCUCCACAACCUCACCAACAUUUGUUGUUGUUUGUCUUUUGGAUGGUAGCCAUCCUUACUGGUAUGAGGUGAUAUCUCAUUGUGGUUUUAAUUUGCAUUUCUCUGAUGACUAGCGAUGUGGAGCAUCUUUUCAUGUGUCUGUCGGCCAUCUGAAUUUCUUCUUUGGAGAACUGUCUGUUCAGCUCCUCUACCCAUUUUUAAUUGGAUUAUUUGCUUUUUGUUUGUUGAGGUAUGUGAGCUCUUUAUAUAUUUUGGAUGUCAACCCUUUAUCGGAUCUGUCAUUUAUGAGUAUAUUCUCCCAUACUGUAGGGUGCCUUUUUGUUGUCUUGGUGGUGUCCUUUGCUCAGCUUGAUAUAGUCCCACUUGUUUGUUUUUGCUUUUGUUUCCCUUGCCCAGGGAGAUAUGUUCAUGAAGAAGUGGCUCAUGUUUAUGUCAAAGAGAAUUUUGCCUAUGUUUUUUUCUAAGAGUUUUAUGGUUUCAUGACUUACAUUCAGGUCUUUGAUCCAUUUCAAAUUUACCUUUGUGUAUGGGGUUAGACAAUGAUCCAGUUUCAUUCUCUUACAUGUAGCUGUCCAGUUUUGCCAACACCAGCUGUUGAAGAGGCUGUCAUUUCCGCAUUGUAUGUCCAUGACUCCUUUAUCGAAUAUUAAUUGACCAUAUAUGUUUGGGUUAAUGUCUGGAGUCUCUAUUCUAUUCCACUGGUCUGUGGGUCUAUUCUUGUGCCAGUACCAAAUUGUUUUGAUUACUGUGGCUUUGUAGUAGAGCUUGAAGUUGGGGAGCGAGAUCCCCCCCACUUUAUUCUUCCUUCUCAGGAUUGCUUUGGCUAUUCAGGGUUUUUGGUGUUCCCAUAUGAAUUUUUGAACUAUUUGUUCCAGUUCAUUGAAGAAUGCUGUUGGUAAUUUGAUAGGGAUUGCAUCAAAUCUGUACAUUGCUUUGGGCAGGAUGGCCAUUUUGAUGAUAUUAAUUCUUCCUAGCCAAGAGCAUGGGAUGAGAUUCCAUUUGUUAGUGUCCUCUUUAAUUUCUCUUAAGAGGGUCUUGUAGUUUUCAGGGUAUAGGUCUUUCACCAAAGUACCUGUAUUUUUCUUUUAGGAUUAUCAUGCCAUUUUAGUUUGACCCCCUUAGUCAGUGUGUGUGUUGGGAUACAAUGUUGCCAUCACUUAUUCAUUGGCACAGAUAUAUCAUUCAUCCAGGACUUACAUAUUGUUGACUGCAGGGUUAUUUAUUUUCUUUUUACUUUGAAAUUGUUUUAUUUUAAAAUUUAAAGACUUAUGCAUCCUUUUAAAAUAUGAACAUUUAAGAUUUAUUAGGUAAGUUUAUCAUACAAAUCUCUUUACAGCAGUAAUUAGAGAAGUGGUCAGAUUUUCCAGCGUAAAAUGUCAUGGAAUUUAAAUCACAACUUGGAUCUUCAAUGAUUCAAAUGUUUUAUUCCACACAAUAAGGUCUGGUUACUUUUAAGAUGAUACUUUGUCUGAGAUACUCUGUCUCAACCAAGUCCUUCAUUAUGACCAUCAUCUCACACAAUAGGAUAGCUGGCCCAGGAGGCAAUUCCACAGUGGUUGUUCUGGUCCCUGGCCAUCUUUUUGUAGCCAUUCAUGCCCCAGCCUGGACCCCAGAUGUUCUUGACAAUCCAAUAUUUAUUAUCAUCUGAUUAUGCUCCUCCAAAGCCAUUGCCAACCACCAGAACUCAUGAUCCAGGUCUUUGCUGCUGCACUUUAGAUAAUAAUAAAUGCCUUCUUUGUAGAACUGGAAUGUGUCCUGGUUUGCAUCUAUAGCAACAGAAAUGGGCCCCAUGUUUGCCACUGUGACCCCAAGAUCCUUCUCCUGUGCAGGGAUUUUAUGGUAUCCAGUCACAUUGGCAGCAGAAUAUUCAGGUUUGUAUUUGCAGGUUUCAUCCUUUCCAUGAUAUGGAUAGGAUUGCUCCGAGUCCAGGCCUCCGUUGUCAAGAACAUACUGGAAGGCGUUACUUGCUAGGCUACCUCCACAGCUACCUUGAAGUCCAGAGCAGUCCACCAGGUUCUGCUCACUCAGUGAAACAAGUUUGCCAGUUUUCCAGAACAUCUGUCCUUCAAGGGCACCAGUUGCACUAAAUGCCCAGCAAGAACGACACCAAUCCUGGUUCUUCCCAGGAGUUACAUAGCCUUUCUCUCUCCAGUCCACGGAUGGGGGAAUCUCUGCAAGUGGAUGUUCUUGGAACACCUUCUUCUUCCUGUACUUCUGCUUUUGAAAGCCAUUCAUCACCUGCCUGAAUUCUUCAUUGGUCAUAUCACCAAAGGCAUUCAUUGCUAUUGUAAAGCUGUGUUUCCCUAGGUUGUAUUCUUGAUUGUGCUUGUCAAUCAUUUUCAUAUUCUUCGCCCACACUGCCCUCCUCCCUACUUCUUCAUCUUUGCCAGAUAGUUUCCCGUGUGUUGCCAUCCACUGGGACCACAGUGCAUUCAAACCAACAUCAACAUGAGGCGAAGCUGAGGCUAUUCCCAAGCACAGAAUAGUCAGCAGGAGUGAAGGAUGCAUGUUUCAAAAACCCGAUUCACGUGCUGGGUGGCUGUUCAUGGAGAUGCUUACAGCAAGUCCCCCAGUGGGUUUUCGGUGUCAUGCCAUGUACUGUAGUUCCCGAGCUUUUGGUUACCUUGGGGAGGGCUGAGACCGACCUGAUUUAAUCUAGUUGUUCCUUUUCAUCCUCAGCAAAGGUGGGGUGGGGGAGGAAUUCAGAGCCCUUGACAGAGGUGCUCUCACAGUUUCAGGAUGGGGUGCGGUGGUUGUGGAGGAAUGUGGGGUGGGGCCAGGGUUAGUUUUUCCCCAAAAACUUUCUAUUAGUAAUACUCAUUUUUUAUUUAAGUUGGGAUUUUACCUCACUUACCUCUGAGUGCUAGAUGGUGCAUGGAAACGAGUCCCAGGAAUAGUUCUGAAUGGCAAAAUCAACUGUAGCACCCAGUGACCUCGUCUCAUUGUGGUGCUGCUGCUUUCUCACUGGUUUCUUUCUUUGACAGCUGCCCCUGGGACAUAAAGAUGUCUUCUUUUGGAUGUCAGAGGUUUAUGACUUAAGUUUUUAGUGAAUUUCUAAAAAAGUUUUACCUUUGGAAAUGUAACUUUAUAUAUUAAAUACUAAGUUCUUAAUAGAAUUGGAAAUUCUGUUAUUUAGAAUUUAGAGGUAACUGUAUAUUUAUGGACAUAUUAUGUUGUUAUUUUUCACAAGCAAUUUGCCCUUUUCACUCUCAUUCUCUUAGGAUGAUGCAGUGAAUUUUUCCAGAGGUUACAUGGUAUAGCAACAUCAUCAUUCUGAUGGCUAAUGGAGCAUGUGCUGUGUAUUUUUAUGUUUUCUAGAAUUUUGUAAGUUGUCUAGAAUUUUGUUAAGUAUUGGUAGAAUUGGAAAAUUCUUCAAUGUAUCUUUUUAACUUUGUAGAAAUCUGUAGACAAAUUUUUGAGACAAUAUAGCUCUAAAGAAAAUACAGUUUUAACUGCUGUAGAAGGGGGAGUAACAGGUAGUUUUAAUGUAGAGUUUUUAUGAAAGAACAACUGUGGUAUACAGCAAAUGACUUUUGAUGGAGCUAAAAGAAUAUUUCAAGAUUAAGGGAUCCCUCUCACCAAAUUGUAAUGGGGUAAAUGUUGGAGGAUUUGCUAUUGUGUAUCUAAUGAAAUCUCCCUUAAUAUUACCACUUUGUAAUUCAUUCUGCACUGAAAUAGAGUUAAUUCGCACUUGACAUCACUCCGGAUGGUUGUUGGGGCACUGACUUCACCCACAAUUUUUUGGAAAAGAGGAGGGAAAAAACUCUCACCACGAUUACACAAGAUCUGUGUUGUUAUAAAAGGAAUUUUGUUAUGGAGAAUAAUUUUGAAUUUUUUUGUUUUGGAGGGACUUAAUGAGUUAUUACCAAGUGAACUCUAUACCCAUGGUAGAGACAUGAUAAAUAUUACUUAUAAUGAUUAUUUUUAAGUGAGCUCCAGAGUUUACUACAUUGUACAUUGAUGAAAAUCCAGCAUAAUAAUGAUGCAAAUUUUGGUCCAGUUUUACUCUUGCUUUGUGCUCCUCCUGGAGCUUAAAGGGAACCUGCUGGCACCAGAGGUGGAUUUAAUUGAGGAACACCUCUCAGAUUUUACCUUGAUGCCUCCAUUGAUGGAUAUCAAAGCCCAAGGGUGCUAUAGGUGAGAAAAAAGGCUGCUGUUGUGGUUUUUAUUUAAUAGCCUUUUGUUUUUGGUAAUAAAUGUUCUUCUAAAGAAAGCUAAAUAAGUUUAAUUUUGUGAAAAAAUAUGAAGCUAUACACUUUCUGCUUUAUGCUUUUUUUCAUUGUUUUACUUCAAUUUAAAUGUUUGUUUAAAAAAUAAAGUUCUUCAUCUAGAGGUCACUAUUCCCUAUGCAUUUAAGUACAUAUCAUAUCAAGUAAUUUUUCACAAAUAAUAAUAGCUAAUAUUUGUGGAAUGCUCACAUUUGUCAUGUAUUUGUGUAUUCAUUUAAUCAUUACAACAGCACACUUAAGUUGGAUUAUCAUUAUCCUCAUUUUACAAAUUAAGGCUUAAUAAGGUUAAGAAAUUUGCCCAAAGUCACAUACCUUGUACCAUACCUCAAAAUAUGGUUUGUGGACCUCUGGGAGUUCCUGAGAACUUUUUAGAGGUAUGUGUGAGGUCCACACUAUUUUCAUAAAAAUACUAAGAUGAUAUUAUUUCCCUAUUUCAUUCUCAUUCUCUCAUGAGUGUACAGUGGAGUUUUCCAGAAGUUGUGUAACAUGGUGACAUCAUCAUUCUUAUGUUAAUGGAAUACAUGCUUGUAUGUUUUGUUUUCUAGGAUUUUGUAAAUUGGUAGGUUUAGGUUAUAAAUACGUGUUUUUAGAGAUUAACUCAGUUUGCUUUCAGUAAUUCUGUGCUCCUACUAGCUAUUGUCAGCUAUACCUGCUGUUAUGGGCUGAAUUGUGUCUCCUAAGAAUUCAUAUGUUGAAGCCCUAAUCCCCAGUUGCUCAGAAUGUGACUGUGUUUGGAGAUGGGGCCUUUAAAGAGGUGAUUAAGAUGAGACUGAGGCUGUUACGGUGGGCCCUAAUCCAGUCUGGUGCCUUAAAGAAGAGGAAAUUUGGACCCACAGAAACAUCAGACCCCUGGCCUGCAUUAUAGGCCUCCUGGGUUUGUCUCCAAAACAGGUUGGUGAUGACAUUGCCAAAGCAACCUGCAAUUGGAAGGGACUAAGAAUUAAAGUGAAAUUGACCAUUUAGGAUAGGCUCAGAUUGAGGUAGUUCUCUCUCUGCCUUGGUCAGUGGGCUGCUAAAAAUGGCUGCUACUCUCAUGACAUCAUAGAUGACAUCAACAGUCGUGUCGUGGAAUACUUGGCAUGUUAAGAACUACAAAGGAAAUUAUUUCAAUAAAGGGUCAUUUGACAACUAAAUCUGUCAAAGAAAUCAGACAUGUGCAUGCACAGCGAGAAACUAUGUAUGGCACAGCAAGAAGGCCUACAAGCCAGGAAGAGAGGCCUCAGAAGAAACAAACCUACCAAUACCUUAAUCUUGGACUUCUAAUCUCCAUAACUUUGAGAAAAUAAAUUUCUGUUGCUUAAGCCA